CUACCCUGACGCCGGUGAGGUACCUUCUUCAGUUCCCAAGGGCGGGACAGCAAGAAGGAGGAGCACAGCAGGAAGGAGCAUAGAAGGGUAGCCACAUCGAGAGGAGGACGUGUUGAUGGUAGAAGAUGAAUCAUAUCUGGACUUCUUCCCUUCGACACCGUCGUCUACCACUCCAUCCCAACUCGCCCAUAAUUCAUUAUUCGGCGUAUCAAUAGCUCGAGCAUACUUACCAAGUCGUACUCUUCCUCACGUACGACGACAUACCUUCCACUACUUUCCAUUACGUAUUGUGCACUCAUCUAGCCGGCAAAAUGAUGUCUCUCUACCUCGUCCUGCUUUCCACGACAGCCUAGGCAGCUGCUGUCCCUCAGUUUCCAUGCCGACAUCCCUAGCAACUAUUCGUACAGCGACAUCCAGUGGAGUGGAUUCGAAGAUUUUGACCAAGAUCAAGUCUUCACGGGAUGUAAUUGUUCAGAUGAAACAAAUCAAAGGAGCUGACUACAUGCCCGGUUUUGCCCUCGACGCCGAGAAUCUAGUCUCUGAACAAGUUAAAUACAUUCCAUUCGAGACCAUGAAGCUCCGAUGUUUCAAGGCUCCCAUCUCGCGUAAAGCCCUUAUGAGAGGAUUUCUUGGCUUGGAGGGAUUACCUGACACAGUCAUGUGUAGCAACAAGCCGCAUGGCUGUGGACGGAUCAGCUGCAGUUGGUAUACUGGCAUAUUCUGGUGCAACAAUGCGGAUACUGAUAGUGGCCCGCACCCCUGCAAUAUUUUCGGGCAGUACGCACGAUAUAUCUACCAUCAUUGUCAUACUCCGGGUGGUAAUGGUCUCAUUUGGGGCGCACUAAUCGACGAUAGAAAUCGUUUGGAAGUCACCGUGAACGCCCAAGAAUGCUAAGGAGACUAAGUCAUGAUUUUUGUUAGUCAUUAAGAGUCUGAACCCCUGCCCUAGAAUGUUAUUCGAAUGUCCUAUAAAGUUCUUGUAUAACUACAAAUAGACAUUAUUUCUAUCAAGUUACCCCUACUUACCACGUUGUCAGUGGUGUUAUUGGCAACAGAUUUUGAGUGAGCAAGUCUUUUUAGUUGUUCACUCGGAAGCCAAUAUCAGACAUAACGAGUUGGCUUAUUCGCACUCUAGGUGAAAUGUUCGAAUGUACGCGUACCACACUAUCCUACACUCUCCUAAUAUAUAUAUAUAGAGAGAGUUCGUACCGCUAAUCAC